AUGGGAACGGAUAAUACAAGCAGCAUCCUGAUUGAUACACGACCCGUUCGGAAUGGACAGGUCAUAUACAUAUGCGACCGGGCUGCAUUGGAAGAUGUUGACGAAGAGGACAGUCACGAACAAGGCCACGGUGAUGAACAUGGUGGAUCAGAUGAGCAGGUUGACCGGGCGGGAAUGGCAUUCCAGUCGACGGAGGAAGAGGAGGAUAGACACUUUGACCAUGGUCAAGCAGGGGUUGUAGAGGAGUUGGUUGGCAUAGUUCCACUGGCAUAUCAGUCAGUCCUUGGGGAUGUCCCAGAUAUGGAUGCCGACGUAGUUGGUCUUGAUGUCUGUCCCAGUCAGCCAAGCCACGGGGUGCAUGCCGAUGACGAUGAGAACAUCAUCUGCUCGGACAAAGAAUUUAUCGCACCAAUCGAAUCGACACCCGGACAAAGGGAUGUCAGCAAUCAGCAGUCUCCAAGCUUCGUCCCCUUGGCUGCAGCCUGCUAUCCGUCCUGGCCCGAGUACAACCGGACCGAAUGCGCAUACGUGACCGAUGAAUGGACCGAUUCUUACAUGCAUGCUGCCGAUCCCGCCUCUGUGAUGUGGCCCCUGUUUGAAGGCCGCAGUUGUCUGCCACGCGAUCUGGCCGUGGGGAACUGCACCCUGGGGGGCUACAGUAGCUACGCCGUCAAUGGCUGCGUCUGGUCGCCAAAAAACACCGGCCACGACUUCAACGGCAAGUCGACUGGGGCCGGUGCCCUUGGCGUUUGGACCCAUAACCUCAAAGACAUUGUUUACUACCAGGGCUACCACGUCGGGAACUACAGCGGCCCAGCCGUUAAGAUGGGUGCUGGAGUCCAGGCCUUUGAGAUCUACGAAAAGGCCAACGAGCUCGGAUUUACCGCAGUGGGUGGCGAGGGUAAGACGGUGGGCGUGGAGGGGGGCUACGUCCUCGGAGGAGGGCACUCGCCCAUGUCGAGUGUGUAUGGCCUGGCUGCCGACCAGGUGUUGGCCCUCGAAGUCGUCCUGGCCAACGGUCGCUUCGUCACCGUCACCGAGCAGUCCGAUCCUGACCUGUUCUGGGCCCUCCGCGGCGGUGGUGGAGGCACCUACGGCAUUGUCACCUCCAUCAUCUCCCGGGUGCAUCCCAAGGUGCCCGUCACAGUCGACACCUUCUGGGCCGGGGUACGCGCGUAUCUGGAACGCUUCCCCGUCAACGCCGACGCCGGCACGUACGCCUACUUCUGGGUCUUGUCGACGGGCACUGACUCGUUCGAGUUCCUCAUGAACCCCUACUUCGCGGUCAACCACACGGUCGACGAGUUCAACUGCCUCAUGGCCCCCUGCCGCUUCAACCAAACUAUUGCUGCACUCCGAUCCACCGUCUCAGCCGGAUACCCCCUGCUGGCCUUCAACCUCAAAGCCGACCUCUCCACGGGCUACGCCGAGAGUUCCGCAAACCCGGCCUUCCGACAGACCCUCAUGCACGCCAUCAGCUCGACCAGCUGGGCCAGCAACACUACCGACGCGACUAUCCUCGCAGACAUGAAGCACUUCACCUACGACAUCCUGGGUGAAUGGCGUCGGACUUGCCCGGAGGCUGGCGUAUACAUGUCCGAGGCGGAUAUCAUGGAGCCUAACUUCCACCAGGCGUUCUAUGGCUCGUAA